GAAGAACUCAGAGUCAUCAUUUGGUUCCUCUGUCUGACUGCAUGAAGCCUCAUCAUACAGUACUGUGACCAGUGUUAAAGCUGCUGCGGUUUGAGUUUGUGUGAAAACCUGAACACUGUCAGACAUAAAGCAGAAAAUAAUGGAGGAAGAACUGACCUAUGUGGCUGUGACUUUCAAGCCUAAUGUGGUUUCAGAUGUAAAAACAAAUAAUAACGAGGAGGCUGUAAUCUAUGAUGAGUUGAAGACCGAGGAGCAGACGACUUGUUUGCUCAGACAAAAGCGUCCUUCAGUCAUAUCAGAAAAAGGGAAGAAAGCACCUGUCCGUUCUUGUCUUCAUCUGGUGGCAGCAGGUUUGGGGUUUGUUUGCAUCAUCUUAAUAUUAGUCAUCAUCGUCCUUGGUGUUCAAUCUCAUCAUCUGAAAAGAAAUAUCCUUUCAGUCAACACAGCGAUGUCUGAGCAGCUGAGAGAAAAGCAGAACCUGACAGAGGUAAACUAUCAGCUGUUGAAAGAGAUAUCUGAUCUGCAGAGACAGACAAAGAACCUGAGCAGAGAGAGGGACGACCUGAACUGGACCAUGGGAGUCAUAAUGGAAUAUGACAACUUUCCAGUUCAUACCCGCUGUCCUAAUAAAGUGUGUAAGCCAUGUGAGGACAGAUGGGCGCUGUUUCAGUCAAACUGCUACUUUUUUGGAGAUGGAUGGAAGUACUGGUCUGAAAGUCAAGAGCUAUGCAGACAAGCAAAAGCAAAUCUGGUGGUGAUUGAAAGUCAAGAAGAACAGGAGUUCAUCAAUAACCGCACAGCCACACUAACCUAUUAUGAAGGAUAUGGCUUCUGGAUCGGCAUGAAAGAGGAAACACCAGACAAGUGGUUGUGGAUAGAUGGAAGUCACCCCACCCUUCAGUACUGGGUAACACAACAAGUUGGCUCCAGAGGUUCAUGUGUCAGGAUUCUUCAGGUCCGAGGCCGGGCAACUGCUUUGUCCAACUGGAACAAAGCAAACUGCUACAUUGGAAACCAUUGGAUCUGUGAAAAACGAGCACUGAUAAAACCUGAGGGCACCGCUACCAGUUAUAGGCCGCAUGAGCGCAAAAUCGUUCUGGACCCUACAGCGAUUGACAAUCUUCUCGAUCUGUUGGACAGAGGACGCUGUGAGUUUCAGCUCAGUGAAACCACACUGUUAAGUCUGCUGCCAUUCCCUACCCUGAAAAAUUUUGUUCCGAAAAUGGAGGAAGAAAUUAAGUAUUCUGAAGUUACUUUCAAAAGCAGUGGUCAGCUUCCAAAAGACCAAACAGAGGAUCAAACCAUAUAUUCUGAGGUGAAGAUUAAAGCACCUGAACCUGAGGAAACAACUCCUGCACCGGCCCUUGGUACAUCUGGAGGUUCUGGUUCCCCAACACCUGACGCGGACGUUGUUGUCCCGGGUGACGUCCAAGCUGCUGCUGUUAAAGGGGCUGUGAACAAUCAACACUGUAAACUUCUGACUGCAAGUGUUGUGGCCCUUGGCGUCCUUCUACUGGUGACCAUCAGCCUCCUCAUCUACUUUGUGGUGACGAACAUUGAGAUUUCAGCAGAAAACCAGGGGCUGAUCACAGGGAAGAACGAUCUAGAAAUGAAGAUAGAAGAGCUGAGCAAAGAGAAGAGCAUCCUGGAGAAUAAGACCAAGGAGCUGGUCGUAGAGAAGAGCAUCCUGGAGAAUAAGACCAAGGAGCUGGUCGUAGAGAAGAGCAUCCUGGAGAAUAAGACCGAGGAGCUGGUCGUAGAGAAGAGCAUCCUGGAGAAUAAGACCAAGGAGCUGGUCGUACAGAAGAGCAUCCUGGAGAAUAAGACAGAUGAGCUGAACAGACAGAAGGACAGUCUCUACUGGACAAUGGGACGCAUAUUGAUGUUUAACAGCUUUCCAGUUAAUGACUUCUGUCCUGAAAAUGGGUGUCAGCCAUGCCUGACUGGAUGGAUACCGUUCCAGGAGAAGUGUUAUUACUUCGAACGAUCAACCAAAUGGAAGACUUGGACAGAAAGUCGAACAUACUGCAAGGACAAUGGUGCUGACCUCGUUGUCAUUGAAACUCUACAAGAACAGGAAUUCAUCAGUAAGAACGUCCACUCCUACAACGGUGACUUUUAUGGAUACUGGAUUGGAUUAAAACAAGAUCCUGACCAAAACUGGAUCUGGGUUAAUGGACAUAAAGACACUCUAGAGUUCUGGCUGGAUGAAGGACUAGGCAACUCUGGUCCAUAUGCACUUGUCAUCCAUGAAAAGCCUCCAAAUGCCAGCUGGGACACAUCAGAUGAUGGCUUUAGAAUCAGAUUUAUCUGUGAGAGUGAACUCAUGAUAAAAUCCUUUUAGUCAGUUCUGUGUUUAUGCUUCUUGCUUUAAUAUAAUAUGCAUGUCUUGCCAGAGUAUAAAGAUCAUUAAGAGUAAAAGUUUGUAAAGGUUUUAUUAUUUGAGGUGGAGAUUGUGAAUGAUGGUUCAAAUUACUUAGUAGUGAAGAAACAUUCUGACUAUUAUUAUAUUCUCUAUUUUCUUGAGGACAGUAAGAUUAGAUUUUCUAUUUGUUAAAACUAUAAGAACACUUUUAAAACAACUUAAAGCAGUCUAUUCUUCAGUCCAGCAGUGCAAUAUUACAUGACAUCCACCUCACUGUUUCCUAGAAUGAUUUCAAUGCAAAUGAAUAAUCUACAGCAAAUAUUUGUAAUCUGAUAUUACUCACAUAAGUAAAUAAAGUCAGCUGAUGUGGUCAGCUUGUUGCACAUUG